GUGAUUUUAAACCUGUUUUUUAUCAGUUGAAAAAGAGAAUAAAAUCGAUAAGCACAGGUUUUAAAUGUUACUGAUACUCUUGAUUGCAUGAUGGAAAUCGAUGCCUUUCAAGGAUAAACGAUGGGUUUAGAAAUUGUUUUUACAUUUCUAAUAGUCAUUUCGACUGUUCAUAUGAUGCCCGAGAAACCUAAACUAGAAGAACCAGUAUCCUCAAAUGUACUUGCUUUGGAAUCUGUCAUAAACAGUCACCAUGGCGUCUUCUCUCAAAUGGUUGUCAAACCACUGUUGUCGCAGCUUGAAAAGAGGCCAGGUCUUUUGGACCAAAUGCGUGAAAAUGAGCUUGGAAUAAAAGUAAAGCAUGAAAGCGAAUCUGAUACUGUUAUAGACCCACAGUCAUUGGGACUGGAAUCCUUUCAUGGACUGAGGAUUAAAGUCAAACACAACGCUAAAUCUGAGUUUGAGGUCGAACCAUUUGUUUCAGAUAUGACUCCUUUUGAUUUGAUGAAUGUAGAAAUCACACGAAAAACAGAUACAAACACUAAACCUGAAAAAGGACCAAUGCCUACACAAUUCAGUAAACCACUGGAAUUGAUUGUUAUUGAUAAACAGAAUGAGCCAAAACUUUCUGCAGGCGUUUUCCCCACUAAUAGAGUUUUUGUGACCAGCAAUACGAAUACGCCAUCUUUACUAUAUGGAGGUCAAGAUGCAUCAAAUGUUCGAGAUAAUGUCAAAAUCGGCCUUAUCCAACCCACCAACGCUCAGGAUUUACAAGAUCAUUGUUAUGAAGUAUUUGGAAUAAUAAAAUGUAAUGGUAUUCCAAUACAACAGAUUAGGGAAUUUUCCGGUCGACAGCUCAUUGGAUCAAGCUAUCGUCGACAUUGGCAACCAAUGCGAUUCUCUCUUACAACAAAUAACCCCGAGGUAGUGCGAGUGCAGAAGAACAGAUUGAUUCACCGACCCUUUAUUUUACGUCCCGGGUUUUCUUAUUUUCCCAGAAUGUUUUUCAAACGACAACCAUAUUUUGUCGUGUAAAAUUAAAUUGUACUUUUUUCAAAGAAAUUAAUUAUAAAUG